GGAAUGGGCCUUUCCCCUUUUUCUUCGUUCUUCCAUUCUGGCUGGCCAUUUGUUCUUCAUUCUUCUCUGCUGGCUGGCGAUUUCAGAAAACGAUCGGAGAAGGCGUAACGGAUCGUGACCUAACCGGCGGCGUCGAGUUGGUUCGAAGGAAGGCAAGUUCACCCUCUUCUUUGGAGGAUCAACAAUUUCCUAGUAGGCCACUCUUCUCUUUCUGUCGAUUUAUUAUGGUUCGUGUUUUGACUGAUUUGUUUGCCGACGAACGGCUGCCUGAAGAGGGAUUACCUGUUGAAUUAGAAUCGAUUGAAUGUAGAUAGUGUUUUGUUGUGAAAUGGAUUGCAUAAGGUUUUCUCAAUCAUUGGAGUCGGCCAAAGAUUAGAAGAUUGGUAGUGGAUUCUUGGUCACUGGCAUGUCCUUGGAAAACCCAGGGUCGAAAUGGACGUGGGCAUUAGCAAUGAGACCUUGUCUCGUCCACGCGCCAAGUGGAGAAAGGUGGCAUAUGGAGGAAUGCAACCUGGAUUCGAUGACAAUCACACCGACGAGUCGUUUCUCGAAGAUAUGGUGAUGAAUGCCAAUGUCGUGAAAAGGGACAUAACGAAGGUGAUCUUGGACUCUGUUUCCAUCUCUCAGUAUCUCUGCAUUGUUUCCCUUGUCAUCUUGGUCUGGAACUACACCCUCCAAUCCACACUGGACGAGUAUUCCUUGUUGUUUCUCGAUGUCGGUCUUCUCGCUUCAGGCUUCGUCACUCUGCUACUAACCAGAGAAAUGUGUUCGCUCGGUCUGUUCUUCCACUAUCUUCUCAACAUUGGGUUCUUCACCACGGGGUUAUACGUGUUGUCGCCUAUAUACAACACCCUGACUAGGUCGAUAAGCUCGGACACGAUCUUGGCAGUGACAGUUUCACUUAUUGUACUUCAUCUCUUCCUCCAUGACUAUUCAGGAUGUCCCAUAGGGGUUCCAGGAGGAGCCUUAUUCACAGCUCCAAGCUUGACCAGUUGUGUGAGCUUAAAUGCUUCUGUGGUUGCUUCAGUUUUUAUUGCCUCUCGCCUUCCGUCGAGGCUUCACGUUUUUGCCGUCAUGCUGUUCUCUAUGCAAGUCUUCCUGUUUGCUCCAUUCGUCACUUACUGUAUCAAGAAGUGUUCUUUGGCGCUUCACCUCGUCUUCUCCUGUGGGUUGAUGGCCUUGACGCUCAGCCUCGUGUAUGCGCUUCACAAGCUGCUGUUUGUAGUGUUGCUGGGUUUGUUGGUGUUCGUCAGCGUGGUUUGUCCUUGCUGGCUGAUAAGAAUCCAGGAGUACAAGUUUGAGAUCAAUGGUCCGUGGGAUGAAGCUAAGCUUUGUUUUGACAUAAGGGAUUGAGAGUUUGUUGUUUGCUUAUAUAGAAACUGUUGUAUAUACGUUACUUUUGCAGCCCUUCGAUUUUUUUAACUGUUGCUUGAAUUUGCUACUGCAUAGGAAACAUGUGCUAAUGGUGUUAUGUAAACUUUGUUGGACGAAGUGGAUUGAAAAAGGUCUUCGGCCCGAAUUCAAUUUGACUGUUCUGAAAUAGGAGCUGGAAAAUUUAGAACCAAAACAAUCCUCUAUACAUUGACUCUGACGUGGGGUGUUGCAAACACUUCGACCUAGAUUGAUAUUGAAUCCACAUAUAAUUUACAUAAUAGAUGCAUGGUAUAUAUGUGAUUGUACUUUGUAGACAUCCUUCAUCUUAAUUUUGUGGUAAUAAAAUUUGAUCCACAGA